GCUGUGUUUUCUUCGCACGCAUUUUUGUUUACAUUUUAUAUUUUUACGUAUAAUCGAGCUUCGAAUUAAUGUUUUAUUCCAUUUGCUGAAGAAAGUAGCUUUGUCGUCUAUGUUUUUUACUUUCGUAGAUCGCUUACUUUGAUAAAACAAAAGAAUGAAAAGAAGAAAUCGAAGAAAAAUGCGCUACAAUCGUUACAAUAUGUCACCUCGAUGACGACGAUGACAGUUGGCUUUCUUUUCUGCCCGGAGUAACGAAAGAAGGAAGGAGAGAGAGAAAGAAGAAAAAGAGAAAACGUAUAGUAGUAUGUUCACACAAACCAGCGCGUUCACCGUCUUUCCAUCGCGGCGAACAGAAGUUGCAUGUGAGACUGCAGCAGCUGGAAAAAUGUCGACGUUAACUCGAAUUAUCGGCCUCUCGUUUGGUUCGUCAUCGAAGAAUGUGAAACUCUUGAUCUUUUGAUUCCAACGCAUCGACGAGCCGCCGGCCGGUCGUUUGGUUCCUCGACUGUUCAAAAGCGAAACACGCGGAAGAGGCGUGCACCGCCGCACCGACAACAGCAUCGCGGCAUCUUCAAAAGGCGAGGAAAUUCAGUGAAAGAGUCUCCCUCGUCCAAGUGACAGUGCUUUCGAGAUUGAUUUGCGCGACGGCGAAUCUGCCUUUCGUCCUCGUGCGGGACCUGCAGGUACUACGAUAAAGUUCAGAAGCUUUCUUCUUUCGUGUUUUGUCCCAAGCGGCAUGAGUAACCCAGGCUACGUCACUGGCGGGGUCCUCGUGACACAGAUCAGACGGCAACUAUAACGGUACACCUCGGCGUGACCCACUUCCCGGCGAAGUCGCGCUCUCUCGGUCUUCCUCUUUCGUCCUCUCUUCGCCUCAUGUCUCUCCCCGGACUCUCCUUUCGUCCAGGGCCGAAUAACUCGGCACACAGGCUGCCGCUGCGAAAUGAGCGUCCCCCGUUUUCCGAUCGAUCGCAGUUACACGUAUGCCACCGGAAAUCGGUCGAUUAGGACGUGGGCGAGGCGAGAUCGUCGUUCGCUACUGUUUAACAUCUUCUCCCCCGUACGGCAGCGGGCUACACUUUUUCUUCCACGUGAGAAGGAUCGCAUGGGUCGUCGCAUGGGCGGGCGGCUGAUUACGGGCAGUAAUGAAAGCGGCCUGCUUGCACACGGCAGUUAGGUAGCGUGUCGCCGCCGUCUGUCAUGUAGCCUUCCGCGUCUUCUGCCGCAUCUUCACGGAAGUCGUCAAUGAGACCGACUCGCCGUUCGUUGUUGUUAUUGUUGUUGCUUGCGCGUAGCAGCGCGACACCGUGAGUGCGUGACUUCACGAAGGAUAACGAGCUGUCGUCGACAAUUGUCACCGGCCGCGGGGUCCAGUCGCUGGACCAACGAAUUCAAAAUCCACGAGUUAUGAGAGCGAUUUAUGUAUUUUUCGUUCUCCAGGUGAGCGCCUGCACGGUGAUUGCACUGCAGCAGUUGACGGAAUGUCAAGGCGGCGGCGGUGGGCCGAGCACAUUUGGAUACGAUGCAUCCUCGGCUUGCAGCAAGCCGCACUCGCGCGUGGGACGCGCGCACUACGAAAAUUUGCCCUGUGACUUUCGCCGACAGAACUGGUGCACGAUCGCCGGUAGCUCUUAUCCUUGGCAUGCGGUGCGUCGAUUCGUGCAGGAGAAUCAAGGAUUGAUGAGACGCAUGUACGGCGACGAGACUUACUUCAGUGUCCUGCGAACGGAACUUGAAAAGAACGAUAUCGAGUUAAAAUACGACGAGUACCAUCACAUCGCCGACGAUCUCUCGCCGAGAUUCCAAUAUGACGAGAAUUAUUUCGUCGUCGAUCAGUCGAAGAUGGGCACAGACGAGUAUGAGAAUCACGGGUUUAUCAGUCGCUCCUUCAACGAUCCCAUCGCCAAGCGGUUGAACAAGUUCCCGAAGUUCAGCGAGUACACCAGGCCGUACUUCAAACCCACCGAACAAUCGACCAGCUCAACCGCUUCGAGCGCAACGACUUCCUCUUCGUCCUCGACGUCGACCAGCGCCACGACCUUCAGUAUGCGAACAUCAACCUCGAUGACGCCCCCGACGAUUACCACUGUGACGAGCACGGAGGAGGUCGACACUCAAUCUUCCGUGACUUCUCCAAAGUCCACUUCUCCCAAGUCCGCGAACACCACUGCCGAAAUCACCGAUGACGAUUCUGCGAUAAGCAAUACAACGACGACGACGACGGCGUUGCCGAACGUCACCGUGGCUCAGAUCGUCAAAGAGCAGAAUUUCAGCAUCAACGAGAUUCCCGGGCAGAACGACAGGAUCGACGUGGACGUAGAAGAGUCUGCAGAAGUGGUGGCGCAAUCGGACGAAAUGAUCGAGAGAGUUACGACCCUCGAAUUCAUCGAGACGACGAUUGUCCCCACGGAAUCGCUAGUCGACAAAGAGGAAGAUGAGCUCGAUGUGAAGACAACCGUGCGCGAAGAGAUCACUGCCGCGGCGAGUCAGGAGCAACAACAGUUUCGACCGCGUCCUGAACAUCGGCCUACGUCGAACGGUGGAUCGGCGGGACAACUUUAUCAGGACGUCGCGAAGGAUCAGGUGUUGAAACUUAGAGGAGCAAACGCCUGUCCCGUGAAGGAAGAGGUGGUCGCGCCUUUCUGGGCGAAUAACACACGCGGCGAGAUCUUGGCCCUCCUCAAUUACUACCCUUUCGAGCAAUAUGUGCAUUGGGAAAAGUGCACGCAUGAAAACAUGCAGAUGUACUGCCGCGACGGGUGCAAAUGCGAACAGCAGUACCGGCUGCACCGGUUGCUGGCUUUCGACCCCAACAACGAUUGCCGUGGCAUCUUCAGCGACUGGUUCAAGUUUCCCAGUUGCUGCGUAUGCCGCUGCUACGACCUGCCGUUGGAGUUUCGGGUGGCGUCGCGUUCGCCACGCACUUCGCACAAACGGCGAAUCAAGGUGCAACCACCAGCGCGGGACCGUUACGCGUGAUCCAGUUGUUUCUCCGACUGGCCGGCCGCCAAAUAAUGCAGCGCGUAAGCGAGGACGAACUGCUAGAUAAGAUCAUACACAAAAUUCUGACGAGUACGAUAUCAAGCUGAUGAAGUAUGUGUGUUGAAUACCUCGAAAACACCCGAAAAGAUACGGCAAUUAUAAAUAUUAUCAAGAAAUUUAGAUUCAAUACGGGAUUCUUAAUUAGGAAACUGAUUCUCACUACAUAUCUGAAAAUAUAUCUUCAUGCACACUAAAAUCGCAUGAAGUUACAGAUAUAUGUUCGUCAAAGCAGAUUUUCAUAUUUAUAAAUAUUUAUAAAGCAUAUUUAUUGUUGAUAUUUAUAUAUUUUUUAACAAGUAAAAUUAUUAGAAUAAUAUCAUUAAACGAAACAAAAAAAUAUUCGAUGUUGCUUUACGAAAAAAGUACGAUUAAUAAUAGAUUAUAUAUUUUAGAUUAUACAUAUAUGCAUGUGACACACAUAAAAAAUCCUCUUUUAGAAAAUUUUCAUUUGCCAUAAUCGACAUUUAUCGAAUGUACAGAAUUCUGUUAAGUCCCCAAUAAUAUUUUUUCUUUAACAGACAAAAUAUACAGUGAAAUAAUAAACUAAGAAUCAUUUUUGUUUGAAAGAAAUUUAUACUAUCUAAUGUAUAAUCAUUUUAACGUUACUAAUUAUUACACUGCUGUAAUAGAUGUUACGAAUAUCACAACAUGAACAAAAAAAAUAUACACUCGACAUAAUUCUAUUGCAAGCAAAUAAGGCUCGUGAAUAAAAUACGCCAUUUUUUUACUAAUACUCUUCCGUUUUUGUGCUCAAUAUUGCCUCUGCAUUGGAGAUAUUACCGGCUUAAUAAUUCAACUAAUAAUUAAUGAAGUAUCUGUCAGGAUUAUCGGAAUAAUGCGUCGCUUCGUUAUGUUCGACUUUAUUUUCCUUUACAUAUCUCCGACAACGUUGUAUGUCUUACAAAGAAGAAGGUUCACAAACAGUAACGAUCCUUAAAACGUUAAUACUUCUUUUUUUUUAUGUUUUGGGCAUUCGCGCGCAUGGCGCUGAAUAUAAUUCAACAAUAAUACCGAUUAUCUUGUCGUACAUUCAUUACAUGGUAUUACAAACGUCAUAUUAUUCAUAUCCCGUCGUAAUAUAUAUGUACAUAUUAUAUAUAGUACGUAUACACAGAAUGUCUCCGAUCUGGUCGACAUGCGACACUCUGUAUAUUUACGCAUAUCCUAGAAAAUACGCGUUUUUUUUUCCUUUUCUACGUAUGUGUAUUAAUGUAAUAACGAUAUAGCGGUAGAGAUGUAAAUGUAUUUAUAAAUAUCAGCUAAAACAUUUGGUAUCAAAACCAUUGCAGGAAGAAGAAAAUAAAACGUCUUCGAAAAGUACUUCACAAUUCGAUUGUCAGGGACCUUGUCUCAUUGAUUAUUGUGUGUGUAAUGUUAUCACGUAUAAUAAAAGAGAUUGAUUCAACCUUUUUAUUUUCGAAAUCAUGCCAAAUCGCUUGAUUGGCAAAAUAAUUUGGUUACAUAUAAAACGCUUUGUAACAAAAUGGAAUCGAAUUCACAGUAAAAAAAAAAAAUAAAUAAAAAUUCUUUUUUAUAUUGUAUAAAAAAUAGUAAAAUUUAUAAAUUUCUAAAAAAAACAUAACAAUUUACUGAGCUUUGAUUUUUACAAACGAGAGAACAGUAUCUUUUUUUUUUUUUCGUUUUAGAAUUGACGGAAAGGAAGCGGAGAGGAAGACGCGAUUUUACAACUCUAAUGAGAGAAAGACGUUUCAUUUUCGGAGUGUAAAAAUUGCCUUCGGGACAAGCGCGUCCCGAAAUGUACGUCCAAUUCGCUGUUGCACCGACAAAAUAGUUUACUUUUAACCAGAUUGUCUACACUAAUUCCGUUCCGUUCGAGAGUUUAACGCCACUCUCCGGCUAUACACCAAUUCGUAUAAAAAAUAUCUAUUUCUUGGCACAAUCACAAAUCUCGGUUCGUACUGUGUGUACACGCGUGUGAUGCGUAACGGUCAUUGCACUUUUUUUUUUUCCGACGAAUUCUAAAUUGCUUACGCAUUACCGAGCUGCCUAUUAUCCGACGCCUCUUCCCUUAUGCACUAACAGAGUCAACAGUAAAAUUUGUAAUUACGUUACGUAUAUCACUUUCGCAGAAAGAUCCGUAAUAUCUCAGAUGUUUGAGAAUGCUCAAGUGUUUUUUUUUCCAAAAUCAAAGAAACUGCAAUAAAA